CUCCCGUCUCGUCUGGAGGUGCCAGCGCAGCCACUCUCCAGCCAGUCACUCACCCGCCCCGGCACGUACCAGCACCGCACGCAUUCACUCCUUCCCUCCUGCUCCGCUUCUGGGCUCUCUCUUUGUUGACCCUCUUCCCCUUCUUCCCUACCCCCAUUUGAACGAACCAUCUUCCUCCAAAUCCCGCCUCUCUCUUCUACUUUCUUCAGCCUCGACUGAAUUUCUUUUACGCUUACAUACUCCGACUACCCAAACAACUUUCUACCACAAACAUCCAUCACAAAACAGUCUCCGUGCACUGUUUUAUCCCAGACGAUCUUUCCCAUCGAUCGUUAUUAACGACGGCGAUAUCUCGCAACAAACCCUUUAGAUACCCCCUCUACACAUCACAAAAUGGCUCUUAAGCGCAUUAACAAGGAGCUCACUGAUCUCGGCCGAGAUCCACCCUCUUCUUGCUCUGCCGGCCCUGUCGGCGAGGAUUUGUUCCACUGGCAAGCUACAAUUAUGGGACCUAGCGAUUCUCCAUACUCCGGCGGUGUCUUCUUCCUGGCCAUUCACUUCCCUACCGACUACCCUUUCAAGCCUCCUAAGGUCAACUUCACUACCCGCAUCUACCACCCAAACAUCAACUCUAAUGGUAGCAUCUGCUUGGAUAUUCUGCGUGAUCAGUGGAGUCCUGCGUUGACCAUCUCUAAAGUGCUUCUGUCCAUCUGCUCGAUGCUGACAGACCCCAACCCUGACGAUCCUCUUGUGCCCGAGAUUGCCCAUGUCUACAAGACUGACCGACCCCGAUACGAGGCCACAGCUCGGGAGUGGACUCGAAAGUACGCCAUCUAAAGCGAAUACCAUGGCCGGUGCGGUUAGACUUGGGGUGGUUUCAUCUCCCCUAUCAUGAAGCGACGUGAAACGAACGAGUGAAAGCUUCGUAUGCUGUUGCGAAAUGUCUAUUAGUCGGCGAUACCUAUAUGGGUGCUUUGCCUGAACCGGGGCUUUGAUUGCGAUUAUGAGGCAAUGAGCGACGAUACGAAGCGACCUGAGGGGAGGAACAACUCCAGACAAACAGACUAGUCUAGUAAGGGAUAUCAUGCGGCUGGAUGUUGGGUUUGCAUUGACGAUGUGUUUUUGGCAUCCAGAAACAGGCAGCGUAUACAAUUUGUCUCUCUAUUUGCUAUGGCUCCGGUGCUUUUGUUGUGUUGA